CAGUGUCGUCUUAAUCGAGAUGCGGCCUAUCCCAGCUCCCGGGCAUUAUUAGGGUGCUGGGUUCGGCGGCGGCGGCGGCGGCUACAUCGUCUUAUGAAGGCUUAGGGUUUGGCUGGACGGAGAAGCUUCUAGGUCCUUCGUUCGGGAGUCGCCAUGAGCCGAUCGGGGCAGCCUCCGGAUCUGAAGAAGUACAUGGACAAGAAGCUCCAGAUCAAGCUGAAUGCAAACCGUGUUGUCAUUGGCACACUUCGGGGAUUUGAUCAGUUUAUGAAUUUGGUCGUGGACAACACAGUGGAGGUCAAUGGAAAUGAAAAGAAUGACAUAGGGAUGGUGGUUAUCAGGGGAAACAGUGUUGUCAUGAUUGAAGCCCUCGAACCGGUUGCCAAGGCUCAGUGAGCUUUCAGCUUAUAUUGUACUGGUUUAGUAGUUGAGCUGAAGUGUUGAUUCAAAACUGGUGUAUGUGCCAUUGGGCAUGCUGUAUUAAUGUGCAAACUUGAGCACCUUUGUAUAGUUUAGCCUGCCUUUCGAUUUGCACUGUUUGCCUAGUGUUAUUUUGCUGGGAUUCGUGCUAUCAUGGUGGAGAAUGGUUUGAUGUUCGUGUUAUGAACAGGGUUAAUCAGUUCAGUUUGUCAUCUGACAGGAAAAGAAAUGUACUUCAGUGCCUCUGUA